AUGGCGAUCGCUAGGACCACGGUGACGACGGUGCUUGAUGGCCUUUACUUCGCCGACCGGGCAGUCAAGAUGACGCACGCUGCCCAUCGUGGUUGUUCUUUUGUCUGCACACCAGCGCUCCUUGCUUGCACCUGCCCGGGUACCUCAGUCGCGGUGCGCCUCACCCCCUUGAGUACCGGUCGUCCCCCGCUUGCGAGGAUGGAGUUGCUUGGUCAGUGCGCCGUCUCACUGUUCCGCGCGCAACGGCUCGCCUUCCAUUGUGCAGGGGAGGAGGGUCGGGCCCAGAUGCACGAAUUAACUCUUAAGCGUGGGGACGUUAUCGCUGUCCUCGGUGGUUGUGAGUUGGAUCGUGAUUGGGGAUCUGUCGAGCGUACUCUCAAAAGUGUUGCACACGCAGAUCUUGAGUAUAUGGCCGAGGAGAUGCUUCUUGAACUCGGUAGGGGAACGAGACGGACUGGAGGGGGAAACGGUGAGGUUGUUAGCAACAGCACGUGUGUAAUGACGGUGGUGCAGGACAGGCCUUCAGGGCUGUUGCCACAACCCCCGUCAUGCUUGGGAUGA